AUGGCACGGCGAUCAGAGAGUUCCGCGAUUCGCGCGAUCCCCUUCUUAAUUCUUUGCCUUAUCUUCGAGGUGCCGGCACGUUGCGCGUCGGAACCGAUUGAUCCAAGCAGCCACUCCGUUGGAGGAGAGUCCGGCUUCGAGCACGUCAUGUCACUAUAUCGAGUAUGGGAGUCGAUCUACGGCUUGCACGAGGACAACCAACUUCCCCCCGCCAACAUCUCCCUUCCGCCCAACGUGCCCCCCGCGCCGCAUCUCGAGGACUGCGCGGCGCGCACGGCGUUCCGCCUGGCGGCGGAGCAGCGCGGGGCGAACGGGGAGCCGCCGGAAUGGGCGCGCCCGCCCAAGUGCUGCGGAUGCAACCCGCAACCCCCGUGGGUGCGGGGAGCGGACGAUGAGAACCUAGCGAUGACGCGGCGGGUGCAGAAGGAGAUAUGGGAGAACCAGUUUCCAGCGGAGCGCAAGUGCGCGGGCAGGAAGCUGCUGGUGGUGCAGUGGGCGCCGCAGAACCACCACGGCGUGGGGUCGCAGGUGCAUGUGAUGGGCGCGUUCCUGAGCAUCGCCAUGCAGUUCAACCGCACGCUCGUCGCCAUCCCGGGCUCGUAUGGCCGCGCGGAGGAGGCUGGCUGUAAAGCUGCGGGGCAGUACGGCGAGUGGGAGUGCUUCUUCUUCUCCUUCGCGGACCCCGCGUGCCAGCAGAUCGUGCGCGAGAUGAAGGACAGCAAGGCGCUCCAGUGCUCGCAGUCCUUUGCCUCACAGGUGGCGGGGUCGUCAGACGUGGUCGCCUGCCUGGAUUACAUGCCGUAUGGGGAUCUCGAGAUGAAGGCCAAUAUCACAUGGCGAUGGGGAGGGGCGCAAUGGCAACAGCCGGACACGGUGUGGCAUGUCCCGGGCACAGAGUCGCACAAGGCACACACAAUGCAGGUCCACUGGUGGCGAGCGCAGGCCACGCGCUUCAUGCUGCGCUGGCCCUCGGCGUACCUCUGCCACGUGACCAACCGCGUGCGCCACUCCUCCUACGGCCACCGCGUGGCGGCCCGCCUCGCCCGCUUCGAUGUCACACGGGCAGAGAUCCUCCGGGAACUCGCAGGGGACACGGCCGGCGAUGCAGCCCGCAGCAACAUCAAACUGUCCCCGCAGGCCACAGCCGCUGCUGCCGUGCCAUUCCGGGAAGGGUCGUUUAAACAGUCCCAGGGGUUGUUUCCCUGGGCGCACGGCGCGUGCAGCAAGGACGCGUGCGGCGGCGGCGGGGAGAGGGAGAGGCGGGUGGUGUACCUGAGGGAGAUGUUUGAAGGGGUGGGCGGGGAACCGUAUGUGAUGAGUCCGAUUGUGAGCCUGCAUGUGCGGCAGAGUGACAAGGUGGAGGAGAUGCAGCUCAUGCCGCUCAGCUUGUAUAUCUUCUAUUUGAACCGGCUGCGGCUCAUUCGUGCGGAUCUGUCUUAUGUGUGGCUUAACACCGAGUCUCAGCCGCAUCGGCGGAGAAGCGCCCUCCACGCGGUCCCGGAACACGUGUCACUUGCCACGUGGGCCGUUUUGUGCUGCGUCGCCGUGUCGCCGUUGAUCGCGGAGAUCACGGCGAGCAGUGGCGGCGCGAUGCGCCACGUCAGCAGCGAUCGAGUGGCCUUGGAACGCGCCAAAAAACUCUUCGAGGAUUGGGAGACCGCCUAUGGGCUCGCCAACGGCUCGCUAUCCCCGCCCGCCGCGCUCGCCUUCCCCCCGGGCGUGCCCCCCGCGCCCCACCUGGAGGACUGCGGCGCGCGCACGGCUGCGCGCGCGCGCGCGGAGGCUAGGGGGCCAAACGGGGAGGCGCCCGCGUGGGCGCGCGCGGGGGAGUGCUGCCAGUGCAGCGCCGCCGUUCCCCCCGCCAACUGCACCCCGCAAACGCCUUGGGUAGGGCUUUGGGGGGAAGUGGGGAGGGGGGGAGGGUGGGGAAGGGUGGAAGUGAGGGGGUGCUCACUGUUGUUCUCCCACCCCAUUCAUCGUCCCCUCCCCUCUUCCCUCCCCUUGUUCGCUCUCCCUUCUCCCCCUCCUCUUCCCACUCCUCUCCCCCCUCCCCUUCCCCCCUCCUCUCUCCCCUCCCCUUCCCCCCUCCUCUCCCCGCGCCCUUUCCCCCCACUCCUCCCUCCUCCUCCUCCCCCCACUCCUCCGCCGCCGCGUCCCCCCUCCUCUCCCCAGAUCCGCGGGCCAGACGCAGCAAACCUCGGCCAGACGCGCACAGCACAGCGGGACCUAUGGGCAAACCAGUUCCCCGCGCCCCCGGACUGCACCGGGCGGCGUCUGGUGCUGACGUUCUGGCCGACGCUGCACCACGGGCUGGGGUCGCAGCUGCACAUCAUGUCGUCCUUCCUCAGCCUCGCUGUGCGCUUCAACCGCACGCUUGUUAUCAAACCGGAGACGUUCAAUCGCGCCACUCAGGCCUGUAGAGACCUCGGCCAGGGCAACAACCUAGAGUGCUACUUCUUCCCACGAGGCUCCCACUCUUUUCCAUCCCUCUCCCUUCCCUCUCCACCCCCCUUUCCCCCUCCUUCCCCAGAUCUGGGCCAGGGCAACAACUUAGCGUGA